AUGACCAUAAUCAGCCCUUUCGAGAUCGAGGACCACAUAUGGGAGCUAGCGACGGGCAAAAGGGAGAGCGGGCUCGGGAUCAUCGAUCGUGGCGAUUGUCUAGUGCUCGAGGACGGAGAUGACGAAAUAGAGAUAGUCCAAUCGCCCUCGCUUUUGCAUGAAAAAAGCACCGGCGCAGUAGUUUGGGGCGCUACCCCCAAGUUCGCCGAGUGGGUUCAGCAUCAUUCGGCCAACCCGCUGCACGACUUGAUUUUCAACAACCCAGUGGUUGAAUUGGGCAGUGGAACUGGUGCCUUGGCCCGCCUGCUUGCUCCCAAAACCGGACAACCCUGGCUGGCUACCGAUCAGAAAGCUCUGAUCAAGCUGGCCAAGAAAAAUACUGCGUCCAUCACCAACGUCGACGUUGCUGAAUUCGACUGGGAGGAGCACGAGUUUGCGCACACUUUUGAUUCUCAGCCGGUAAUUGUUGCCGUCGACACAAUUUACAACUUCUUUCUCAUCAAACCGCUCAUUCAGGGCAUCCAAAGCGUGCAACAGUGCGUAGGCCCCUGUCCCACAAUCAUCGUUGUUCAACUCCGAGACGAGCAGGUCCUCGAAACUGCUCUGACCAAAUUUUCCAAACACUACAAAAUUGAGUAUUUCGACGCCUUACCUGGCGUUGGUAUCUAUUUAUUAUCCGUACUGGAUCCACCCAUUAUAGGACCUGCAUGA